GACGCGACCACCUAGCUCAACCUCCGCCCCAUCGACCACGGACAUGUCGCUGUCAUGAGUGCUGCCACCAAACGACCCCGCUCACGGCCAGCAGCGCCUCGAUCUGCUUCCCCACCGCCAGCGGCAAAGAGAUUGAAGUCGUCUCACCGUCCUGCAGCUUCCGGGCUCCAAGCGCUGGUCGACGAGAAUGCCAGAGCUGGCCGCAAGCUGGGUGCCCAGCUAACCAAUGGCGUUGCCAAACCGGCCGCACACCGCGUCGACGAGUCGCAUGCCGGAGCCGCAAACGAUACAUCAGACGCAGACAUUCAUGACGCCGCCGACAGCAAGCAUGACGACGUAAUUUCCAUAUCGAGUGGGGAGGAGUCGAGUGAUCUCGAGGAGGAUGCGGAUGACGAGCUUGCGAGAGAGACACGCUCGAGAGAACUUGCCAAUGGUGAUGCAGCAGCCGGUGGAGAGGAGGACCCCCACGACGACCAGGACAUGGCCGAUGCAGCGCCUGCGGAUGAGCCCACCUUUGGAGACAUGCUCCAGACACGCCAUCCUGCGGCCAUUGACGUGCAGAAGGCUCUGCGUAACGAGAACGCAACCUCCAACAGUCUGGUGCCUACAGAGGGUCGACAGCUCGUGCAGCCACCCACCGCCGGGUCACUUGGUACGGUACUGACGCAAGCGCUCAAGACCAACGACAAGGACCUACUCGAAAGCUGCUUCGCCAUGACAGAGGUCAACGCAAUCCGUGCCACCAUCCAGCGUCAGCAGUCACCUCAGAUCGCCACACUUUUACAACGAAUAGCAGAACGGAUACACCAGAGGCCAGGACGAGCGGGGCGGCUGAUGAUAUGGAUUCAAUGGUCGCUCGUCACACAUGGCGGUUAUCUUGCAAACCAGCCCGAGCUGAUGAAGAAAUUGAAGGCCUUGGCUCGGGUCACUAGAGAGCGUGCCAAUGGACUGCAGCCUCUUCUCCACCUCAAAGGAAAGCUCGACCUUUUGAGCGCACAGCUGGAAGCCAGAAGGAACAUGCAAGCGCAGUCUCGUGCGGCUCAUGCACAUGACGGGGCAAAUGAGCAGGAUGUGUUGUACAUCGAAGGACAAGAUACGGCUUGGUCCAGCGAUGACGAGGAUACUGGGCCAAAUGCAUCACGACAAGCGCACCGGAAGAAGACGUCAUUUCUCGAUGACAACGAAAGAACGAUGGGCUCAGAUGGCGAUGAGGAUCUGCCCAAUGGUUUCAUAAAUGGUUUCGAGGACGACUCAUCAGCUGAUGAGGACGACGAGCGCUACGGCGGACUUGUUGACAUUGAGGCAGAAGAAGGGGACAGUGACGAUCAGUCGGACGAUGAGGCAGCACAGAGCGAUGCUUCCUCGGAGGAACUCGAGGAAAGCUCUGGGGAGGGUGAUAGCGAGGAGGAAGAUGUGAAGCAGGCGAAGCCACAAACCCUGCAUCGCAAGAAAUGAGGGAAAGCCAGGCAAUGCACGCCGUGUCGACGAUACGAAGAAUCUGUACAUUGAAUUGGGUAGAUGGCGGUGUACAUGGUUGGCAUACGGUGAUCGGCUUUCGUAUCGUGCGUAUUCACUAAAGCGAUCGUCCUUCACUAUUCACUAAUGAACAAUGUACCUUUACCGGGAGCAAGAGGAGCACAAAGCGCCCGCUGGGACGCUUUGUCUUCAUAGACUUGCUCACAAAGAGUUGCCCUUCUCACGCUAAACAAUGGGUACCUCAGACUAAGAAGUGCCAUGAGCAAGCUUGCGC